AUGGUGGUCAGUACUCAGUUGCCCAACAAGAGUAUGAUAGGGCUCAACCAAGAUCAUCAAAACCCUACCGGAAUCAAGGUCACUUUUCAUAAGCUCUGGCAACUAGUUGGCAAGGUCGAAGCCCAUGUUAACGAUGAUGGUUGCGUCCAAUUCUACUUUGAUACAGAGCACCAUCUUUUAUUGGUUCAGGAGAAGCAGCCGUGCACAUACCAUUGUUGGAUUGUAGCUCUUGAUCGAUGGAGAAACAGAGGAUAUCCAACUUUUCUAAAACAUAUCCCUUUCUGCAUAAGAAUCUACAAUCUUCCCAACCCCUAUCAUUGUCAUGGGAUAGUUAGGAGUAUUGGUUCAAAACUUGGUCAGGUGGAUGAGAUUUCAAUCAUUGAACCAACAACUACUAAGGAAGCUGAAGUCUGGAGAAAAUAUGAGUUGAUGGAUAUUGGCACCAAUCCUUAUAUGUCAGUUCAAGAGAGAAAUGUUGCGAUAGAGGAGUACAUCACUAUAAGGGAAGCUGGAGAAUCCCUUGGAAUAGCAGGCCUAAUGCACAAUCAUCAAGGAAAUUGA